AGAGAGAGAGAGAGAAGUGGAUUGCCAAUUCGAGUGUUGCUUCCGGCAGCAGUGAAUCUCAAUGAGAAUCCAGGCGACGCCGGCGAGAUUGUGGCCCCGAGGCACAAAGCGGCCGAACAUAUGGGGAAUUCAGAACGACGACGGAACAAAUGGGGAAGAUGGUGGAGGACCGUCUGUGGAGCCACUGCCAAAGCUUGUUCCCUGGGGGAGGAAGCGGCGGAGGCUAGGAUGCGAGGGUUUUUGGGCAAAUCAAAAUGAAGGAAAGGCAAGGGCUGUGAAGGCGAAGAAGAAGAAGAAGAAGCAGCAGCAGAGAAGGGCUCCCUUGGAGGUGCAGCAGCAGACAAGGGAUGAACAAGUACCACUACCUAGCUACCUGCAGAGAAGGGCUCCCUUGAAGGUACGGACAAUCAAGUGCCAUCAAUGUAAGCAAAAUGAUGUGGGAAGAGCGGUGCGGUGCACAAAGUGUUCGAGGAAGAGGUAUUGUAUCCCUUGCAUAAGGACUUGGUAUCCCAACACCUCAGAGGAAGCCAUAGCUGAGGCUUGUCCUGCGUGCCGCGGCAACUGCAACUGCAAUGUCUGCCUUUGUUGGGGUGUGCCUGUCAGGAAUCUGAACCCGAAAAUCGACAAGGAGACCAAGCUGGAGCACUCUAAGUAUUUGGUUCAUCAGCUGCUUCCGUAUUUGAAGAUGAUUAGGGAUGAGCAGCUGAGUGAGAUGGUGGUGGAAGCCAAGAGGCAGGGGUUACGUGACCUUUCGGAGCUCAAGGUGGACAAGGCUAAAAGCGGUGGUGACCAAGUGCGUAUGUACUGCAAGAGCUGCAGCACUUCGAUUUUUGAUUUUCAUAGGACUUGUCCCGGGUGUGAGUAUGAUCUGUGCCUCGGCUGCUGCCGGGAGAUUCGAGAUGGCAAGUGGAACAAGAGAGCUCAAGUGUUCACAUUGGAGUGGAGAGCAAGUGAAGACGGAAACAUUUUCUGCCCACCAACACACAUGAAAGGUUGUGGUAAGCAUAAUUUAGAAUUGAGAUGCAUUUUUCCUCAGAAUCAUGUCAUGGAGUUGGUAGAGAAAGCAGGAGAAAUAGAUGCAAGUUACAAUUUUUUGCCUGAUUAUAGUGAAACAUGUGCAUAUAAGUGUUCAUGUGUUAAACCUGUGGAUGAUGCCGUUAGCUCAAGUAGCAGCAGCAGCUGUAAGUUAAGGAAAGCAGCUUCUAGAGUUGCUUCUGAUAGUGACUACUUGUUCUGUCCAAGGGUUGGACAAAUUCAAGAUAAGGAUUUUGGGCAUUUUCAGUGGCAUUGGAAGAGGGGCGAGCCUGUGAUCGUUAGCAAUGCACUUGAAAAUGGAUCAGGUUUAAGCUGGGAACCAUCUGUCAUGUGGCGGGCAUUUAGACAGAUAGAGAAAGUCAAGAAUAAUAGUGAAUUGACAUUCCACGCCAUUGAUUGUUGGGAUUGGUGUUCUAUAGAAAUCAACAUCCUCCAUUUCUUUAGUGGAUAUUCCAACGGACGGUCUCAUAAGACAGGAUGGCCUCAGAAUCUCAAGCUCAAUGACUUCCCAUCAUCUGCUGAAUUUUACAAACGUCUUCCCCGGCAUUGUAAGGAAUUUUUAUGUUGUCUGCCUCUCAAGGAGUAUACUCACCCCAACAAGGGAACUUUGAACCUUGCUACCUACUUGCCACCUACCUCAGUAAAGCCCGACAUGGGUCCAAAAACAUAUAUUGCCUAUGGUUUUGCACAGGAGCUUGGACAGGGAGAUUCCGUAACCAAGCUUCACUGCAAUAUGUCUGAUGCGGUUAAUAUUCUGACACAUACAGCUGAAGUGGCCCUUACAACUGAACAACUUGCAACUAUAGAGAAGUUGAAGAAAAAGCACAGGGAGCAAAACGAAAGAGAGAUAUUUGGGGAUUGUCACACAAGUGCUGGAAAUGGAAGUGGGCCUCAGCAAGAGUCAGCUAUAGAGAAGUUGAAGAGAAAGUAUAGGGAGCAAAACGAAAGAGAGAUAUUUGGGAAUUGUCACACAAGUGCUGGAAAUGGAAGUGGGCCUCAGGAAGAGUCAGCUGAAGUAUGUGAGGAUGGAGGUGCCUUAUGGGACAUUUUCCGGAUCCAGGAUGUUCCGCAGCUGGAGAAAUACAUCCACAACCACGUCAAUGAAUUUAUGCAUGUACUUGGUAAUCCUUUGCAGCAUGUUACUCAUGCUAUACAUGAUCAGACUGUCUAUCUCACUGUGGAACACAAGAGGAAGCUCAAGGAGGAAUUCGGUAUCGAGCCGUGGACAUUUGUCCAAAAACUUGGAGAUGCUGUUUUCAUUCCUGCAGGUUGUCCUCAUCAGGUGAGGAACUUGAAGUCUUGUAUCAAAGUUGCACUGGACUUUGUUUCCCCUGAGAAUGUGGGUGAGUGCUUUCGUUUGACGGAAGAGUUUCGCGCACUUCCGACAAACCUCAGUGCCCAUGAGGACAAGCUGGAGGUGAAGAAAAUGAUUGUGCAUGCGGUUUGUGACGCUAUGAAGGAGAUUUCUGGUGAGAAUGUGACAAAGAGGGUAAGGGCUGUGAAGGCAAAGAGGGCAAGGGACGAGUCGAUACACUGCCAUCAGUGUCAUAGAUAUGUUAUGGGAAGAGUAGUGCAGUGCACAAGGUGUCUGGAAAGAGGUACGGGAAUGAGGACGAGGUAUUGUAUCCCUUGUAUACAGAGAUGGUAUCCCAACACAUCAGAGGAAGCUAUUGCUAAGGCUUGUCCUGUAUGCCACGGCAACUGCAACUGCACAGCCUGCCUUCGUUUGGAUGUGCCUGUCAGGUGUUUGCAGAAUCUAGACCCCAAAAUCGACAGGGGUACCAAGCUGGAGCACUGUAAGUAUUUGGUUCAUCAGCUGCUUCCAUAUUUGAAGAGGAUUAGGGAUGAGCAGGUGAGUGAGAUGGUGGUCGAGGCUAAGAGGCGGGGAUUACGUGAUGUUUUGGAGCUCAAGGUGGAGAAGGCUAAGUGCGGUGAAGAUGAGCGUAUGUACUGCAACAACUGCCGCACUUCAAUUUUUGAUUUUCAUAGGAGUUGUCCCAAGUGUGGGUAUCAUCUGUGCCUCAGUUGCUGCCGGGAGAUUCGAGAUGGCAAGUGGAAGAAGAGAGGGGUGGAGGAGGAAGCUCAAGUGUCCACAAUUGAGUGGAGAUUUAGUGAAGAUGGAAGCAUUCUCUGCCCCCCAACACAAAAGAAAUGUUUUGGUAAGCAUAAUUUAGAAUUGAGAUGCAUUUUUUCUCAGAAUCAUGUCAUGGAAUUGGUAGAGAAAGCAGGAAAAAUAGAUGCGAGUUACAAUUUUUUACCUGAUCGUAGUGAAACAUGUGCAUACAAGUGUUCAUGUGUUAAACCUGUGGAUGAUGCCGUUUGCUCAAGUAGCAGCAGCUCUAAGUUAAGGAAAGCAGCUUCUAGAGUUUCUGAUGAUAACUACUUGUUCUGUCCAAGGGUUGGACAAAUCCAAGAUAAGGAUUUUGGGCAUUUUCAGUGGCAUUGGAUGAGGGGCGAGCCUGUGGUCGUUAGCAAUGCAUUUGAAAAUGGAUCAGGUUUAAGCUGGGAACCAUCCGUCAUGUGGCGGGCACUUAGAAAGACAGUUAAUAACUACCAUGCUAGUGAAUUGACAUUCCACGCCGUUGAUUGCUGGGAUUGGUGUUUUAUAGGAAUCAAAAUCCGCCAUUUCUUUAGUGGAUAUUCCAAAGGACGGUCUUAUAUGACAGGAUGGCCUCAGAAUCUCAAGGUCAAUGACUUCCCAUUAUCUACUGAGUUUCACAAUCGUCUUCCCCGGCAUGGUAGGGAAUUAUUAUGUUGUCUGCCUUUCAAGGAGUAUACUCACCCCAACAAGGGAACUCUGAACCUUGCUAUCUACUUGCCACCUCUCUCAGUAAAGCCGGACAUGGGUCCAAAAACAUGUAUUGCCUAUGGUUUUGCACAGGAGCUUGGACAGGGAGAUUCCGUAACCAAGCUUCACUGCAAUAUGUCUGAUGCGGUUAAUAUUCUGACACAUACAGCUGAAGUGGCCCUUACAACUGAACAACUUGCGACUAUAGAGAAGUUGAAGAAAAAGCACCGGAAGCAAGACAAAAGAGAGAUAUUUGGGAAUUGUCACUCAAUUGCUGGAAAUGGAAGUGGGUCUCAGGAAGAAUUAGCUGAUGUAUGUGAGGAUGGAGGUGCCUUAUGGGACAUUUUCCGGACUCAGGAUGUUCCGCAGCUGGAGAAAUACAUCCACAAGCACGUCAAUGAAUUUAAGCAUGUGUUCUGUAAUCCUUUGCAGCAUGUUACUCAUGCUAUACAUGAUCAGACUGUUUAUCUCACUGUGGAGCACAAGAGGAGGCUCAAGGAGGAAUUCGGUAUCGAGCCGUGGACAUUUGUCCAAAAACUUGGAGAUGCUGUUUUCAUUCCUGCAGGUUGUCCUCAUCAGGUGAGGAACUUGAAGUCUUGUGUCAAAGUUGCACUGGACUUUGUCUCCCCUGAGAAUGUGGGUGAGUGCUUUCGUUUGACGGAAGAGUUUCGCACACUUCCGACAAACCACAGAGCCUGUGAGGAUAAGCUGGAGGUGAAGAAAAUGAUUAUGCAUGCUGUUUGUGAAGCUGUGAAGGAGAUUUCUGGUGAGAAUGUGAUGACUGAGGAUGCAACGUCUAGGGGAGGCGCAAUGGAAUUAAGGCAGGGUGUAAGGCCCAAAUCUUACAAAAUGUAAUGGUAUGCAGCAUGGGAAUUAUUAGGGAUGUAAUCUUAGAAUAUUAGGUAUGUAAUCUUAGAAUUAUUAGUGUUCUGUAUUUCUGUGCUUGGGAACUUUUAUUUGAUUUUGGAACAUAAUUUAGUUCCUAACUGAUGGAUUUGUGCUCCAUGUUCU